AGGCAGCAGCCCUGCGCCCUCGGUAUAAAGGGCCUCUCGCGCGUCAUCAUCACCGCUCUUCCUCCACACUACCUCAUCAUGCUGGUCGAUCUGACCAUGGAGCAUCUUACCCCAGCACUCUACAAUAUAUCUACAACCGAGCAUACAUAAGUCAAAGCCACCCAUUCCACCCUAUCUCAACAGCACUGUUGCUGUCUACAAGCUAUCACCAUGGGGAAACCCAAUUUGACCCCCGAGCCCUUCAACUUCGUCGAACUUGUUCAGCAGACCUACGAUGACUCCCGCGUUAUCAUCGCCGUGUGCUUGGUCUCGUGGAUCGUGGGCCGUCUCGAUCUCGGACUCACCUGGCUGCUUUUCGUCCUCGCCGUGUGUCGAACCUACGCGGUUGUUUCGCUGACCCGAGUGCAGCGCAUCCUCCGCGACGAAUGCCGACGAUACCAUGCAUACAAGAUACUCUCCCGUGGGGAGACGGUGGAAUGGGCGAACGGGGUUUUACAGCGGUUCUGGCACAUGUACCAGGACCGGAUCUGCGACCAUGUUGUUCGCUAUGUGAACAACGGGCUCGCACGUCGGACGACCACUGAGAAUGGGGGAGCGCUCCAAAAAGUGGUGAUCCAAUCGUUGGAGUUGAUCGACCUUCCUCUCCGCUUUACCCGGGUUUUUGUCCACCACAAACCGUCGUCGCCGAACCUGAUCGUCGAAGGCCAGUUCCAGGUAAACCUGGCACCGCAUCCUUCGCACCACCACCUGAUCGAGAGUUCAGGACACCCCCUAAUCGAUCUUACGAUUGUUCACGAUAAAAACGCCCGCGAUCCUCACAACCGCACCCAUGAUCUGGCUGUGCAGGUGCGCCAGUUUUCUAGCACGGGAUCCUUGCGCGUUGAGCUCGACCUGGAAGGCGACCAUCCGGCUCUGCUCCAACCGCAGGUCGAUCUCCAGGAUCAUCCCAAGAUGGAUUGCACGAUCAAGUCGAUCAGUCAGCAUCAUUUCCCGCUUCAUUUUGCCCACCAAGUGGACUGGCGCCGGGUGGUGGAAAUGCAGUUGCGGGAGGGGCUGGGCUGGGCGUUUCAUCGGCCGCUACCGCUUCCUUUUACAUUGGGGGAGCGAUGGGUAUUCCGGGCGAUGACGUGGUGGUGGCAUGCUGUGAACUAGCUGCGUUA